GGUAUCAAUUUUCAAAGUUUUAGAUGUCUAAAAAAAUUUAUAACUUAUAAAAAUAUAACUCGACUUUAGUCUUUAUAUUACCCGGAUAGUUGUGAUUUGUGAACAUGCCUUUGUAGUUUUUUUACUAUUUGGGCAAUCUGUGUGACUUUAAUUUAAAUACCUAUGGAAUACGCAUUAUGUUAUCACGAUUCCUAUCUCUUACGUAAAAUAAAAAUAAUAAUGUAUUCACAUUAUGUUUAUUUAAAUUAAUGUGUACACCAAUACAAUAAUUAUUCUUGAAGGAGGUGCAAGCAAUUUCUUUAAAAAUAUUCUAAUUUGCUCUUGGAGCAUUUAAAUUCUCUGUGGUGGCUAUUUUAACGCACAGUCAAGUUCGGGUUAAGGUGUUAUUAUAUCUGUGGUUGAUAUUUUAUUCUACGAUGGAGCUAGCUGCUAUUAUGAAGGAUAAAUUGAAUGCUGGCGACAAUGUUGUGGCGCUCCAUGAAGGUGUCUUAUUGCAAGGCUGGUCACCAAAGGCUCACCGAUUAUUAGCUUUGGUUGAACGUAAUUCAUCAUUUGGCUUAUUUGUAUUUACGACAUCCAGAAACCCACCACAAGCCUUUACAGACCUCACAAUCAACUUUGUUGUGCCCAUUGAUAAUGAUUUCAAAUGUGAUAUUGAUUCAUUGUCAGCAGAAUCAAACUCUGAUAUUUAUAUUAACUUAUCAGCACGGAAUUUUAAAUUACUUAUGGGAAUGGAUUCUGGUCACGAAACUAAUAAUUUUUUUAAUGAAUUAUCUAGAUCAAUGGAACUUUAUUUAAAAAACCAACAGACAUUGGAUUUUCAAUGGUUGAAAAAGUAUAAUACAAAUGAUCUUGAUUUGGAAUUAGGUUUGAUGAUGAAUAUCAAUGGUGAUAAUACACAGAAUAAUAUAAUAACAGCUAAUAUGGCUGUGUCUGAAAAUGAUAUACCAUUUCCAACUGGAACACAUACACUUAGUUCUCGAGAAAGUGUUAUACAGCGACAAAUGAUUUUGAGUGAAGAACAAUAUACUAAUGCACAAAAUUUCAGUAUUUAUAUUGGUACUUGGAAUGUCAAUGGCCAACCAACCAUGUCUUCACUAAAUGAUUGGCUGAUUUGUGAUUCCGAACCACCUGAUAUUUAUGCCAUCGGAUUUCAAGAACUUGAUCUCAGUAAAGAAGCAUUUCUUUUUAAUGAUUCUCCACGAGAAGAAGAAUGGUUACAAGCUGUAACAAAAAGUCUUAAUUCCAAGGGAAAUUAUAGAAAAGUAUCAUUAGUUCGAUUAGUGGGAAUGAUGCUUAUAGUGUUUGUUAAAAAUAAACACAUGGACCAUGUGAAAAAUGUUGCUACUGAUACUGUUGGUACUGGAAUCAUGGGCAAACUGGGAAAUAAAGGUGGAGUUGCUGUUCGCAUGGAUUUCCAUAAUACAUCUUUUUGCUUUGUUAAUACACAUUUAGCAGCCCAUGUUGAAGAAUAUGAAAGACGUAACCAAGAUUAUCAUAAUAUAUGUUCAAGAAUGAUAUUUUCAAAUUUUACACCUCCAAAAACUGUUAAGGAUCAUAAUCAAGUAUAUUGGUUUGGUGACCUCAAUUAUAGGAUAACCGAAAUGGAUGCAAUAUCCGUAAAAGAUUUAGUACGCAAAAAUAAUUUUAAAACCGUAUUAGAAGCAGAUCAACUAAAGCAACAACAUCGGGCUGGAAAUGUUUUUAAAGGUUAUAAGGAGGGUUCAAUUAAUUUUCUUCCUACCUAUAAAUAUGAUCCAGGUACCAAUGACUGGGAUAGCAGUGAGAAGAAUCGUGCUCCUGCAUGGUGUGACCGAAUAUUGUGGCGAGGUAAUUCAAUUAAACAAAUUGCAUAUAGAAGUCAUCCUAAUCUUUUGAUCAGUGAUCACAAACCAGUCAGUGCAUUAUUUGAAUCUGAAGUAAAAGUUGUUGAUUUAACCAAGUACAGAAAAAUUCAUGAACAUAUAAUGAAAAAAUUAGAUAAAGCGGAAAAUGAAUACUUACCUCAAGUUAUGGUUGACAACACUGAAAUUAUUUUUCACAAAGUGAAGUUUAUGGAACCUCAAUUAAAAGAACUCACAGUUGCGAAUACUGGUCAAGUUCCUGUACAAUUUGAAUUUAUAAAAAAAUUAGAUGAUUCAACAUAUUGUAAAGAAUGGUUGCGAAUUGAGCCUUUCACAAGUUUUAUUGAUCCUGGUGAAAAAUGUGAUAUUACUUUAGAAGUUCUGAUAGAUAAAAAAUCAGCAUACAAAAUGAUUAGUGGUCAAGAUAAAUUGUAUGAUAUUUUAGUAUUACAUUUAGAAGGUGGAAAAGAUAUCUUUAUAACUGUUACAGGUAACUAUGAACGAAGUUGUUUUGGUUGUUCAUUAGAAACACUUUGUUAUUUGAAGGUGCCUAUUAAAAAUAUACCCUUCGGAAAACUUAUGGAACUUGAAAACAAUAAAAGCAACUUUACUUCAGAUCCUUACCCAGUACCUAAAGAAGUAUGGUACCUUGUGGAUCAUUUAUACAGACAUGGUCUUAAACAAGAACAUUUAUUUGAACAAUCUGGUCUCAGAUCUGAAUUUAUCCAGAUUAGAAAUUGGUUGGAUAAUGGAACACCGGAUGCUUUACCGGGUAGUGUACAUUCUGUAGCUGAAGCUCUAUUAAUACUAUUAGACAGUACAUCAGAGCCCAUAAUACCAUACAAUUUGCAUGCAACUUGUUUAUCUGCCGUGUCUUAUUACAGUCAAUGUAAACAAAUCAUUUCUCAACUACCAGAGCGAAGUAAAAAUGUAUUUUUAUACCUUUGUGCAUUUCUUCAAGAACUAUUGAAUCAUGUCAAUGAUAACAAAUUAGAUGUUAAAACUAUCGCAUCUGUGUUUGGUGAAAUAUUUAUUCGAGAUCCUCCCAGAUCUCGUUCAGAUAAAUCUAGCCAUACUAGAACUUCUAUGUCAAGGAAGAAGACCAAUUUUGUAUACCAUUUUCUAGUCAACGAUCAAAGUGAUUUAAUAAUCGGUACAUCUUUUUAGAUGUUAAAUAAUUUGAUCAUGUUCUGGUGUUAUCAAUGGAACAUUUAAUUUUACAUUUUUAUCAUCACAAGUUGCUUUUAAUUUAAAUAGUUCUUUUUAAUAAAUUGACGUUUUUAAAUUAAAUUAAGCUUAAAAUGAAUAUGAUCUUAAAAACAAGUACUUGGUAUAAAAGUAUGUAUAGUAUAAAUAAUUUAUUAAGCAAAAUAACUAAUAUUUUAAGACUUUUAAAAGGUUAAUAUGUAUUUUUAUUGUUGUCAUUCAUAUAUUAUGUAUGUUGGUUUAUUUAUGUAGGUAAAAUCAAAUUCUUCAAUACACUUAAACCUUAUCAUUAAUUUUUUUUAACCAAUUAUAUUUCCAAAUAGUAAAAGUUAUAAAUUAAUUUUAGUCAUUAGAUAUUUUGAUUUAAAUUAAAGCAAAAGUUAAGGUGAUUUGUGUAAAUCAUAGGGAGGGGGUAAAAUAUAAUUUAGAGAAUAUUAAUUUCAUAAUUUAUCAUGUAGUAAUGUUGCUUAUUGAAGAUUGUUUAGCCGAUAUGGUCACACAGUCGAUUAUGAAAAAGUCAUCAAAUAAUUUUCUUUUAGGAAAGUUAGGUUUUAAUAUAUUUUAUAUUAAUUAUAAGUAGAAUAAGGAACUAAAUAAAAUAUCUUAUAAUAUUAUAAUAUAAAUAAUGCAAAUUUAUAAAAGAGACUUAUUUUUAUGUAUUCGGUUAAAAUGUUGGUUCAGUUAUUAAUUAUUACCUCAUUGAUUUUGGAAUAAAGUUAUAUUACAAAAUUCUUAUUCUUUGAAAGACUAUUAAUUUUAUAAAUAAAACCUGUUAACUGUAAAAAUUGUUUUUAUCAUUAACUAGGGGUGGUGAUGUUGGUGGGGGGAAUAAAAUAUGGUUUUUUCAAGGGUGCCAAUAUUUGUAACUUGUAUAACGUUAGCCCUGAUAAUAUUCCGACUUAAAAAUAUUUUUACUUAAUAUAAUCACUUACUGUGUGCAAUAUUAAACAGGUUUAUAUUUACUAUACAUUAAUAGAUUAUAUUUAAAUGUGUUCUCAUUAUAUUUAUUUAUUUAUUUAUUUAUUUAUUUAUUAUAUUAAUAUAUUAUUUAUUUAUUAUAUUCAUAUUAUUUUUAUUAUUACCUAUAUUUGUAUUAUUUGUAUUAUUUAUUAUUUAAUGUAUAAAGUAGCAGGGUUAUUCCGCAAAUUUGUGGUACAGUCUACUCCACUUUAAAUGCUUGUAAAUUAAAAAUAAAUAUUCAAUAUUUACAAAUCAAAAUAUUUUUAAAAAUUGUAAGUUAUUAUUAAAAGAAUAAGUAAAAGUUAAAAAAAAAUUCAUAACAAACCCAAUGAACAAGACCAUGUUAAUAUAUUAAUUCUUCAAAUAAUAUAAAACUUUUAUAUUUUAAAUUUGCUUAAAUUAACUGAUAAAAUUAAUGUGACUAAAUAAACUACUAUGAACAUUUUUGAUGCAAUAUUUAAAAAAAAAAAUGACCAUAAAA